AUGAAUCUAGGGCUUCUAUUGGCGAAGGCUUUCUCAACGUGGUUGACGCACGGCUCCUCGUUGUCCAUCAUUUCGACGCUACUCGAUUCGAUCGUUGACAUCACCGGUGGCGUUGCCGUCUGGUACGCGACCCAUUUGAUCAUGAACACCGACACAUGGCAUUAUCCCCGAGGCCGAGAGAACCUGGAGAAUGUGUCGCUGCUAUUCUUGUCCGGGGUGAUGGGUGUCGCUAACCUUCAAAUCGUCUGGGAUUCUGUAAGAGCCCUAAUCUUCGGGAGGCCGCCGCCUGAUAUCACACCCGUCUCGCUCCUCAUUCUGCUCUCAACAAUUCUGAUCAAAAUCGUGCUCUUCAUCUGGUGCAGCAAGCGGAAGUCGAAGAGUGCAGAGAUUUUGGCGACCGAUCAAAGAAAUGAUGUCGUAACCAACAGCGUGGUUAUCAUUGGAGCUGCUUUGUCGGAAUAUGUGGCCCCGAUUGCAGAUCCUAUUACUGCUGCGCUAGUCAGUGGGUACAUCGCAUGGAUUUGGUUUGAGUUGGUGAAAGAACAAUUCUACCAAAUCAUGGGUGGCGUCUGCUCCCGCGAAGAGUUGUCGCGAAUCACGAAAGUCUGCAUAGAAGAACCGCACGUCAGAUGUCUAGACGCGCUACUGGCGUACCAUGCCGGCAAUAAGGUUCGCGUUGAGGUCCAUGUGGUCACUGAUCCCAAUAUGACCCUGCGACAAAUCCAUGAUGAGCUGAUUGAGCCGUUGACGGUAAAGUUAGAAUCGCUGGAAUUUGUUGACAAGGCUUUCGUCCAUCCCGAUCAUUCACUAGAUGGGAUGGGCAAG